AGAUGGCGGCGCUUGGCGCUUCCGGGCGGCCCGGGGCGCUGACCUGAGGCGGGCGGGGAUGGCGGCGGCCGGCGGCUCCCCGAGCAUCGUCGAGUUCUUCGGCGGGGARGAUGGCUACCGCUGCGGCUACUGCAGGAGCGACACCGGCAACCUGUCGCACGGUAUGUGGGCACAUUCGAUGACAGUUCAAGAUUACCAGGAUCUCAUAGACAGAGGAUGGCGAAGGAGUGGAAAAUAUGUCUACAAACCUAUCAUGAAUCAAACRUGUUGUCCUCAAUACACAAUAAGGUGCCAGGCUUUGCAUUUUCAGGCCUCUAAAUCUCACAAGAAAGUUCUGAAGAAAAUGUUGAAAUUCAUUUCCAAAGGAGAUGUUUCGAAAGUAGCGAGUGAAGAAGAGCCGAUGGACUCCCAUAUAGAGGAUGUGGCCACGUGUGAUUUUCCAUACAAGAGUGAGUCUCAAGUCAGUCAGUCUGAACUGACUCCCUUGGCUGUGGAUCACGCUGAGGGAGUGGACAAUGAAGAUAAGGACUCAGGAGAAACAAAAGGAGAGGGGAAUGUGCAGAAGGUGGAACCGGAUUCUGUUCAGAUCUGUGCAGACAAAGACACACCAGUCCCUGCAGAACCAUCACRUUCAGCUAAAGCUGUUCAUGCACCACCUAAACCAGGGAAAGGGGCUGAUCUGAGCAAGCCCCUGUGUCGGAAAGCAAAGGACAUAAGGAAAGAGAGAAAACUACAGAAACUCCUGCAGAACCAGAUGGGCACAUUAGAAGGCUCUCAAGGAGAUCAAGCUUUCCUCUUGCAAAACUCUAAAUCUAAAACAAAYCAACCUAAAAACAUUGAAGACUUUGUUUUUGCUCCUUUGCCUGAUGAUGCACAACACAAAUUAGAGGUGAGGGUGGUGAGAUCAUCUCCACCAAGUUCACAGUUCAAAGCCACAUUUCAGGAGUCUUACCAGGUCUAUAAACGUUACCAGAUGGUUAUUCACAAGGACCCACCUGAUAAACCAACCAUAAAUCAGUUCACACGGUUCCUCUGUGAUUCCCCUCUGGAGGCAGAGCAUGCCCCGAAUGGACCAGAGUGUGGCUAUGGCUCCUUCCACCAGCAGUACUGGCUGGAUGGCAAAAUAAUUGCAGUUGGUGUCAUUGAUAUCCUGCCCUACUGUGUGUCCUCAGUCUAUCUGUACUACGAUCCCGACUUUUCUUUCUUAUCUUUGGGAGUCUACUCUGCAUUACGGGAAAUUGCUUUUACUAGACAGCUUCAUGAAAAAGCUCCCGAUCUCUGUUUUUAUUAUAUGGGUUUCUACAUUCACUCAUGCCCCAAAAUGAGAUACAAGGGUCAGUACAGGCCCUCUGACCUGCUGUGUCCAGAGACCUACGUGUGGACACCCAUUGAGCAAUGCCUGCCCCUGCUCGAGCACUCCAAAUACUCCCGCUUCAACCAGGAUGGAAAAGCAGUGGAUGAAGGGCGCCUGAAGGAGCUGGGCAGGGUGAGAGUGCUCCACAAGAGAACCGUGAUGCCUUACAGCGUCUACAAGAAGAGGAGGAAGGGGCCCAGUGACGAAGCCAACGUUCAGCAAUAUGCCAGCCUGGUGGGACAGACCUGCUCAGAAAGAAUGCUGCUGUUUAGGAGCUGAAAACCCACAAAAUUGGCAUUUCAAUGGCGCUGCCUUUGACUGCACUGCCACGGGAUGCUCUGUACCAUAGCUGUGUGCUGAAACAGGCUGAAACACAGGUAUUUAUCCAGGCUAAUGUCAGCACAUGGUACUGUAUGUAAAGGCCAACUCCAGUAAAUCUUACAGUACAGCAAGGCUUUAGCAAUAGAAGUGUAGAAAAACACGCUUGCAGUAUAUUUUAAUUAAGUAGUUCUAGCCUUUCUAUGCAUUAUGAAUAAUUCUARGUAUGAAGCAAAAUGAAAAACAGGUGUCUUUUUUUUUUUUCUAGUAGAGACAAAGGUUGACUAAAUCUAGAUUAACAAUCAUCAAAUCACAGCUGUUUUCAAAUAGCACCUUGGAGAUCUGUCAUCAAAAAUCGCCGUGAAAUUCGUGCUCGCAUUUGUACGCUCCUAAAAUCUUGCAAGAGGACUGAAACGUGCUAUCACUUUAUGGCAUUAUACCAUUUUAUUUCAGCAGUAUGUUUAAAAAACAGGAAGAAAUUCUUUUCACUGCACAUUCUUGGUUUGUUUAAAGCAGUAAGUCAGUGUCAGAGGUCCUAGUGAGUKUAGGAGUUCCUGGUAGGUUCUCAGUGGCAGGGGAUGCAGUGCUCUGGAAAACUUUGCCCUUCAGAGAAGAAGCAGAACAGUUGCACUAUAAAUAUACCAAAGAUUUGCAGCCAAGUGGCACGGUGGUUUUUGSUAUAAGCCUUAUCCUUUGUCUGGCAGGAGUGGGUAUUUCCAUGCACAUUGCUAAUGUGGAAUAGAGCUCCAAAUAGAGGUUUAUCCUGGAGCUCUCUGCACAUUGCAGAACUAUGCUAACAAAAAAACAACAGGAGGUACCACUGCUGGGUUUUGUUGCAGGUGCUUUUUUUUUUUUUCCUGCAGAAUUAUGCAGGAAGACUUAAAUACCAUAUUCCUGCUUUUUUACUGACUGUUUUGUUUCUGGUGCAGCAGCUCACGGGUUAACAUCUUUAAUAACUUUUUAGUAAAUACUUCUGUUGGAAACACAGGAAGUUGUGAUCCUUUAUGAAAGCACUUUAUUAUCUCAUCUAUGAACGUUGUCUGUGUCCCUAUCAAGUCAUACAAGUUGUAGGAAUUUGGGGAAAUAACACAGUUGUAUAAUUCAGUAAUGUAUUACAACGCUGUAACAUUACCAAUGCAUUUGUGUUUCUUAUCUUCUUGGAUAACAGGGGCUGGUAUUUACCUUGAAUCAACUUGGAGUUUCCUGUUAGCCUUUGAACAAAGAUUCUUAUUCAAGGAUAUAUGGGUGGUUUUCCCCCAGAAAGGAAACAAAUUCAGUUUUACCCUCUGAGGGUUACAUCACCUGUCAUUCAUAGAUUCAUUGACUUAAUUUUAAACACUUGGCCAAUAUUAUUAAUCAUUAAUUUUUAUGUGGAGCAGACAUAAGAACUUGGGGAAUCAAGUGCAAUGCAGAUUUAAUUUCGUUUUUUCAUAUCUGAUAUGAAAUUAGUGUAAUAUUGCAAUCUUAUUGACAGAGAGCACAGCUUCGAUAGCAACUUUAAAAAGUAAUUUUAUGUUUUAUUAAUUGGGCUGCAUGGCAUUGAUCUACUCCCAAUCUACAACAGAAAUGGCCAUUCCUGCCAGCCUCCMAGCUGGUGUGUGUUUUUCUGUUGCCUGGUACUGAGAAGUUUCUUUGCACUGUACCUUCYCAUUUGUCCAUGCCUUACCUCAGCCUCCUGCCCUGGGAGAACCACUGAAUAAUCCYCGUGGAGAUUAUUGUGAAGAUUUCCUUUCUGUGGAGAAAAUAYUUUCACCCCUCUGACUUGUCAAAUUGUGUAACAUUUUCUUCCUACACAAGGUGCAGGAAAGUGGUGGUGCCCAUAUGGCUGGCAACCAAAAUAAAUGAGAAAACAUUUUUGUAUGAUAUGAAUUUCACGAUAAAUUGCAAAAUCUUUAUCAAAACCAUUUAAUGGUGGCCACGCUGAGCUCCUGGAGAAGCUGGGGCUUCUGUUAAAUUUCCAGGGAGCAGAUUUUAUGUCCCCACUGAGAGUUCCUGGAGAGCUCCAUCUCUUGGUGCCCGUAUUUGUUAYUGAUAUGCCUUGGGUCAGACUUGUAUCUGAUGCUCUGUUUCUCUGGGGGAGCUUUUAAGGACUGCAGUUAAAGGAAAGUGAGAUCAGUAUGAAUUGAAAGCUGAGCACAGCUUGAAGCUGUCCACUCGAGGUAAAUGACCAUUUCCUGUGAGUCUGAAAUGGUGCUUUCACUUUCUGACCCCAUGGCAGGCUGGGCUCCUGGCUCCUGCUCAACUCAAAUAUGUAUUUAUAUUAAAAAGCAAAAACAGGCAGCACUGAGAUUAACUUAGAAACCGAGUUCAUCUGGUGUGGUUUGCUGAGAUCUGACUCACUGUAGUGUUUUUAGAAGGAAACUGGUGCAGUAUUUUUCAGGACUGAUACCUCURUCCCUGUUUUUAGAAGGGGGACAGAGGCUGAGGAUGAAGUUCUGUAAAUUUUGCCUGUGACUUCAGUGGAGCUGAAAAUUCACCACUAUUCCAAUUUUAUUUAAUGUAUUGUCGUUGACAAUUAUUGAAUCUAGAGAUAUUUAAUUUAGCACAAACUGUUUUAUGAGAGUGUUUUUGGUGUAGCUGGUUUGUGAGAGUCAAUCCCCAAUGUAAGAUUGCCUUGUCCUGUCCUCUGUUCUGAUGAUAAAUGAACAUAAAAUGGUGAUAAGAAAAUGCAGAGUUGUGAGCAGUGCUAAAAAAUAUAAUUUUUUGUAUGAAUUGGAAAGAAAUGGGAAGCUUACACAUUUCCAGCAUCAGCACAUGUCAGUAAAUGCAAAAGAACCCGCAUGUUGAGUUUGUAAUUGCUUUUAACAGGCCUGUUUGACUUGCAAGUGUAGAAAAUAAAGUUAUUUCCAGUCUCUGUGAAUUAUUAUAAGAAAUAAUACCUCUGAAUGUGAUUUUUGUAUUACUUUGUARGGAAUUCAUUAUCCUGGAGAUUGACCAAGUGUCCACUGAUCAGCAAAAUCAAAGGGGUCAUCAAAGGGGAGCAAUGAUUUGAAGGGAUGCCUUUAAAAAUCAAUGUUCAGAACCAUGUUCAAAACAAAUUUCCCAUUUUGGAACUAAUCUUUGGUUCCAGACAGACAGAUUAAUGAAGAGGUGGUGUGAAAUACAAUUU